GUGAUGCUGUCACUUCAUAUGGCUAACGCAGACGCUGCUGUACAGUACCUGGUUAAAGAGUAACAAUGUGGCAGUGCGAGGAUUCAGGCGGGCAGUGCUGUUUUUCACCAGGGGAAAUGUCCACAUCAAUUCAUGGAAUAUGUAAAUAGAUGGAGAUGUUUGAGAGCCAUGCAUAUUCACCCACAGUUGGCAGGCAGGUAUUUUCCUACAGCCAGGCGUCGCACUGGGAGAGCAUCGUUUUCGUUUGGCACUGCUGUCUGGUGAUUUAGCACGAUAGCUAGCUAACUAACGGAAAUUGUGCAUGUUUAUUUUUUGUGCUUUGAAGUAGCGUUAACCGGCAACGGUAGUCCCCCCCCCCUCUUCAUAUUUACUGAAUUGUCCUAACCCGCCUCAUGGGGGGUAAAAACGCAUCACUGCAUAAGUCAAAACCACCAGACACAAACUCUGUAAUGACCGGUUGUUGUUAGCUGACAUGAACCAGAACGUUGUCUAAAGAAGCCGUUUCUUUGUGGAGUGAAAUUCCAUCCUUCUAACGGGCGAAUUUGCCAUUUUUCAAGUGUGGUGUAUCGUUUAUCAUCUAUUUUUGCAUGUGCCCAGGUAACAGAAACUUCAGGUAGGGACGUCCAUGUACCAAACCAGGAUAAUUCAUUCGGACAGAUGAGAGGAGUGGAGACCUAGGACCGCAGCAACAAACUGGUUUUCUGUAAUUUUUGCGUGGAGCAGAGACUCAUUACUCAGGCGAACCCUCGGACCUGUCAGCGCCCCUUCAUAUGGAGCACCAAAGCACCUGCAACCCACUUCUGAGGGGACUAUGAGGACUUUACGAUUUGUGCACGAGUUGGGCACCCAUAGGCAUCCAGCUGUGUGUUAAACAGGAUUUAUGUUUGUGAAAUGCCCUUUGGACCCGCAGUGAAUCAGUUCUGACCAGGCAGUGCUGUGGGCUGCCGGCUCCUGAAGAGACCAGAGGAUGCAUAGGUGGAGUGGACCCAGACCUGCAGCCAUGCGCAGCUCCGUGCACAAUACCUGCCGUUCCAAGUUGAAUUGAUUAAUUUCCAAACUUUUUAACCUCAAAGAUCACCAAAAAAUAGAUACGCAUGAGACCACAAAGGCCACAUCUGAUAGAGUUUGUCCCAAAGAACCCAACCUGGAGAGAUAAUUCUUGUUUGACAUGCCUCAGUGCUUCAUUGUGUCCCAUCAGUGAAGACAGCCCACACCCUUGAUCAAAACAGUCACUCCUGUACAUUCUUUUCUUGGGUUGACUUCUAUGUGGUGAAAUAAUAGUGGGAGUGAACUAUUCCUCAUUUUGCUGUCGGCCAACAAGGUGGAAAGCCUCUCAAGGACCCCAUGUGGUUCAUGGACCCCAGUUUGGGAACCACUGCUUUAAGUUUCCCUCUCUCCCUCCCUGUCAGCAGACUGAUCAAAGGACUACCUGUUUUAUUGAAAUCCUUGUUUUUUUGUGCAGUCCCAUGAGAACAAACUCUUUCACCAUGCACUGAAGACUGAACGGGUAGCCUUAGUACGAAUUGAGUUUCCACAGAGUCAGUCAUGCCAGUUAGAAAAAAAGACACAGCAAGGGCCUUGGGGCUUUUGGAGGAGUAUUGCUUAAAACUGAGGAAGCCUGAGGAACAGCAGCUCAAAACUGCCAUUCAGAGAGUGAUGGUGAUCUUCAAAAGCAACCUAUUUGAAGCUCUUCUUGAUAUCCAAGAGUUCUAUGAGGUGACACUGCUCAACACCCAGAAGAGCUGCGAGCAAAAGGUAGAGGAGGUCAACCACAUGGCCGACAAGUGGGAAAAGAGUGCUUCUCUGCCAAGCUCUGAGCUCACACACACUGCAUGCCCUGUGGAGGAGCAGAGGGAGCAGAGCAGCUCAGAAGCCGGUGGCACGGAGCAGGCAGAGAGCAGCGCCAAGACCUCUGAGAACAGGCCACCGGCAGUGCAGGGGUCACCCCACAACGGCCAGCCCCCACCCUGCAUGAACCCUGCCUUGACGAACGCUCCCUGGUACCACUACCAGGAAGAUGACUCGCCACCUCUCGACCAGGGAUUCCCGCGGAUCACCAACGAGGUGCGUGCCCCUGAGCUCGUGCACGUGUCCGAGAAGAACCUGUCGGAGAUCGAGAAUGUGCACGGCUACGUGUCCCAUUCCCACAUCUCCCCUCUCAAGCCUGCACUGGUUACCCGUUUUGAUCUUGCAUACCCGGGUGUGACCACAGCAAACUACAUGGCCAGCCCUGCCCCAAUAAUAGUCAACACUGACACUCUGGAGUCAGUACCUUACGUGAACGGCACAGAAAUCGAGUACGAGUUUGAAGAAAUCACUCUAGAGCGCGGUAACUCAGGGCUGGGCUUUAGCAUCGCCGGAGGGACAGAUAACCCACACAUCGGCGAUGACCCUGGCAUCUUCAUCACCAAGAUCAUCCCUGGAGGCGCCGCAGCAGAGGAUGGUCGCCUGCGAGUGAAUGACUGCAUCCUGCGGGUGAACGAUGCAGAUGUGUCCGAGGUCUCCCAUAGCAAGGCAGUGGAGGCCCUCAAGGUCGCAGGCUCCAUCGUGCGGCUGUACGUGCGGCGCCGCAGACCAAUGCUAGAGACCAUCAUCGAGAUCAAACUCAUCAAAGGACCAAAAGGGCUUGGCUUCAGUAUUGCAGGCGGAGUUGGAAACCAGCACAUCCCAGGGGACAACAGCAUCUACGUUACCAAGAUCAUUGAUGGCGGGGCGGCGCAGAAGGACGGCCGGCUACAAGUCGGAGACCGGCUGCUCAUGGUAAACAACUACACUCUGGAGGAGGUGUCUCACGAGGAGGCUGUGGCCAUACUGAAGAACACGUCGGACGUGGUCUACCUGAAGGUGGGAAAGCCCACCAAUGUGUACUUAUCAGAUCCCUAUGGGCCUCCUGAUAUCACACACCCUUUCUCUCCAGCCAUGGAAAAUCAUAUCUCUUCCCCUGGCAACAGCGGCACUCUGGAGUACAAGUCUGGUCUUCCCCCCAUCUCCCCUGGGAGUUAUUCCCCCCUCCCUAAGCACUUACUGGGGGAAGAGGAUAUAAACAGGUUGGAUGGUUUUUCCUUCUUACGGGAACCCAGGAAGGUCGUGCUCCACAAAGGCUCCACGGGCCUGGGCUUCAACAUCGUGGGCGGCGAGGACGGCGAGGGAAUCUUCGUCUCCUUCAUCCUGGCAGGAGGGCCGGCUGACCUGAGCGGAGAGCUGCGGCGAGGCGACCAGAUCCUAUCGGUAAAUGGCAUUGACCUACGAGGAGCCACGCAUGAACAAGCAGCGGCAGCACUGAAAGGAGCAGGACAAAUGGUCACCAUCAUUGCCCAGUACAGACCAGAAGAACUUGCUCUAUGCUCACCACGACGGGUCCCUUCUCCAGCACCAGAAUAUGGGCGUUUUGAGGCCAAAAUCCAUGACCUGCGGGAACAGAUGAUGAACCACAGCAUGAGCUCAGGCUCAGGAUCCCUGCGAACCAAUCAGAAGAGAUCGCUCUAUGUUAGUCUGUCUUCCCCCUACUGCAAAAGGGCACUGUUUGACUAUGAGAAGUCAAAAGACAGCGGUCUCCCUAGCCAAGGGCUCAGCUUCAGGUAUGGAGACAUCCUCCACGUCAUCAACGCCUCCGAUGACGAGUGGUGGCAGGCCCGCCGGGUGACCCCACACGGGGACAGUGAGGAAAUGGGUGUAAUCCCCAGCAAGAGACGGGUUGAGAGGAAAGAGCGAGCACGUCUAAAGACAGUGAAAUUCAAUGCCAAACCAGGGUCAAUUGAUUCAAAAGGGUCAUUCAGUGACAAACGUAAAAAGAAUUUCAUCUUUACACGAAAGUUCCCAUUCUACAAGAACAAAGAGGGUGAGCAGGAUGGCAGUGAUUCAGACCGGAGUCAAGAGGACGUGAUUCUCUCAUAUGAACCUGUGAUGCGACAAGAGAUUAAUUAUGCCAGACCCGUCAUAAUCCUUGGACCAAUGAAGGACAGAAUCAACGACGAUCUGAUAUCGGAGUUUCCCGACAAGUUUGGCUCUUGUGUGCCUCCUGCUAACAGUUCAGGGCAUCAAGAUACCACUCGGCCGAAGAGGGACUACGAGGUGGACGGACGGGACUACCACUUCGUAAUGUCCAGAGAACAGAUGGAGAAGGAUAUCCAAGAGCACAAGUUCAUUGAGGCGGGACAGUAUAAUGAUAAUCUGUACGGAACAAGUGUCCAGUCAGUGAAAUACGUGGCUGAAAGGGGUAAACACUGCAUACUGGAUGUGUCUGGAAACGCCAUCAAACGACUACAAGUAGCACAACUCUAUCCCAUUGCCAUCUUCAUAAAACCUAGGUCUAUUGAUUCGUUAAUGGAGAUGAACAAGAGACUGACAGAGGAGCAAGCCAAGAAGACGUUUGACAGGGCUAUGAAGCUGGAGCAGGAGUUUGGCGAGUACUUCACAGCGCUGGUUCAAGGAGACACCUUAGAGGACAUUUAUAACCACUGCAAAAUGGUCAUAGAGGAACAUUCAGGACCCUAUAUCUGGAUCCCUUCAAAGGAAAAACUAUAAUAACUCAUCACCCUGGCAGGGAGUCUGGACUGCUAGAACCUAGUAAUAAUUUGUAACAUAUGAUAACUGUAUGGCGAUGAAUAGUCUUCAUAAAUACCUUAUUGUGAAUAUUGUUUUUUCUUUUCUUCUGCUUUUUUUUGUUUUGUUUUGUUUUUUUGUCGGUUAUUGUUUCUUUUUUUUUUCUUUUUUUUUUUUCACUCUCAACAUGAAUGUUCCUGAAUGUAUACCACAAAGUGUUAGAAAAUUUUAGGUCUUGAAACAUGAACCGUUUUGUAUAUUUGUUGAUUUUUAUUUGCAGCAACAAGAAGAAAAAAACAAACACAAAAAAAAAAAAAGCAAUGACAAAGAAAUAACCACGGGGGGGUGCGUGUCCUCGGUGACACUGUGUGGGAUUGUAGAUGAGGAAACUGGAGAUGGCAAAACACUGCAGCAAAUGUCUUCGCUUCGCCAACAUAGGAUGGAAAUGUAGUUUGCCUCCAACGUCCCUCACCCCUCCGCCUCCCUCCUCCACACUGAAACAGCUAGCAGAGUGUCACCACCAGCUCACUGUUUGGUUUGGAUUUUGCAGAUAAAGCAUUUGCACGGCCCCCUGGACACGGCGCAUCUUUUCGUUUGUUUGCAUUUUCAUUUGUUCCUCGAAUUAUUUAUUUCUUCCCGUCACGACCUGGAGGAGUUCAGGUUGCAAGCCGUUUUAUUUGGUGUGAGAUUUUCACUCGGUUUGUACUAUAGUGAUUCUGUAACGGAGUUCUUUACGUAAAAAGGCAGAAAGUUUCUCGUCCAGCUGCUUCGGCGAUACUGAUGAGCAAAGGGAGAAAAUAAAAACUAUAGGCAGCGGAGAUAUAACACUAUAUUUUGCUACUUACUAUGUUGCUAGAGGGCACAAAAGCACAGAAAAUAUUUAUUAUGAAAAUAUACCUUUGAUUAAAAGGUCAUUUACAGAGCAUAUUUUAUUUGAAUGAUGUAUGUUGUGAUAGUAUUAGGAUGGAUGGGGAUACUGUUAUGGGAAAAGUUACUUAGAUGUUCACAGUUUUUUGUUGUUUUUUUUUUUACUUUUUUCUUUUUGUUUUGUUUGUUUUUGUACAGAUGGAGGAGAGUGGGUUAGGCAAAAUACUGACAGGGAUCUAAUUUAACACUUUGCACCAUUUUACACAUUUUCCUCCCUUUUGGAACAAAUAGCAGGACAGGGGAAGAAUAAGAAUUUAAAAA